AUGCCGCUGGUACCCCAUUUGAUGACCCUCGCGGAUCUGUCCCCGGCACAGAUUCACCAUGUUUUGGCACAUGCACAUCAUCUAAAGAAGGUGUCCCUGCCGUGGCUGGCUCCCCAUGAUCCACGCAGGGCAACGAAGCUCCCCGCACCCCCGCAAUCUCUCAAGAACAAGACCAUCGCGCUGUUAUUCUCAAAGCGCAGCACGCGCACACGAUUAUCUGCGGAGACUGCCGCGGUGCUACUCGGUGGACGCGCUCUUUUCCUCGGAAGCGAGGAUAUUCAGCUCGGGGUCAACGAGAGCUCGCGCGACUCGGCGCGCGUCAUUGGCGGGAUGUGCCAGGGCAUCUUUGCCCGCGUUGGCGCACAUGAAGAGAUCGAGGAAAUUGCGAAGUAUUCACCGGUUCCGGUGCUGAACGCGCUCUCAUCGCUCUGGCACCCGACCCAGAUCCUUGCAGACAUUCUUACACUUCAAGAGAACACACAUCUUUUUAAUCCCGCGUCGUCAUCCUCUGAAAUUCGAUCAACGUCGGAGCAACUUCUACCCCUACCCCCGCUCACUAUUGCGUAUGUCGGCGACUCCGCUAAUGUCCUGCAUGACAUGCUUGUCACGUACCCGCGGCUAGGCCAUAAACUGCGCGUCGCGACGCCCGAGCACGCGCGGUAUAGGGCGCCUAACGCGGUCUGGGACCGCGUCGUCGAACUGGGUUGCGAUAAGGGUAUUUCGUGGAGCACGGAUCCACGGGAGGCAGUGAAAGGAGCUAACGUCGUGGUGACCGACACCUGGAUUUCCAUGGGCCAGGAGGCUGAAAAGGAGCAGCGUCUGAAGGACUUCCAAGGCUACCAAAUUACUGAGGAAUUAUGUCGAGAAGGACGCGCGGAUCCUAACUGGAAGUUCCUGCAUUGUCUUCCUCGGAAAACGCAUGAAGUAAAUGAUGAGGUCUUCUAUGGCCCGCGUUCGCUUGUGUUCGAAGAAGCGGACAACCGCAAGUGGACAAUCAUGGCGCUGUUUGAUUUGUUAUUCGGACAGUGGAACCUCGGAGCCACCGCUAAAGGUGGUUAA